UGCGCGAGCGCCUGUGGUGAAUAUUUUGCAUGCUUGCAACGAUGAAGCUUUGCCGGCUGCACUCUGCAGCUUCCAAAGAGUCGAACACUGUGCAGUGCGAAAUGCGGCCCAAGCGUUUUCAUCACGCGUUAGUUGCGGUCCACGACGUUGUGUCUUGUGUGCGGCCGUGGACGGGCACGUUGGGAUGGGCAGCGAGCCUGCACCUAUGCACUGGCUGCUUCAAGUGCGGAGAAUUGAUGCGAUUCAAAUGUGGAUAAACUUUGCAAUGAGAGUUGGCUAAACAUGGCUUCGUUUGUAGUCGAGAUGACGGGACCUCCUCAAGAACCUAUGGACUCCUGAGGAUCCCCCCUGAAAGACUAUGAGAUUGUGGUGCUGCCUGGUGGUGAUUGUUGCCAUUAGUGGCGUGUCAGUGCUGGUGCUGCUGCCACUAGUCGAGUCACCCAGUCACCAUCCACGGCUGCGGCCACGCCAAGGAGGUGCCUCCAGAUUGCACUUUCGGGCUGACACGCGGAGUACGGCAAGGGUGGACGCUUUUGGAGCUGCUGCAGUUCCUGAUGCAUCAAGGCUCGGGGCAAUCUUCAACGCAGAGGAUCAGCGAGUGAAGGUGGAGGGCUAUCACCAGCAUGCAUUCAACGUGCUCAUCAGCAACCGGCUGGGAAAAGUUCGCUCUGUGCCAGACACACGCAACCCCCUCUGCCGGCAGGAGGUGUUUGAGGAACAGUCUCUGCCUGCCGCUAGUGUGGUGGUGUGCUUCUACAACGAAGCCUGGUCUGCACUUGUGCGCACUGUGCACAGCGUUCUCGAGCGCACACCAGCCACUCUGCUCCACGAGCUGAUCCUUGUUGAUGACAACAGCACCUUGCCUGAGCUGGGCCUGCAGCUGUCUCGCUAUGUUGCUUCCGAGCUGCCAUCCAAUGUGCGCCUCAUCCGCACACCAGCGCGAGAGGGACUCAUCCGUGCCCGCAUGUAUGGCGCACGCAAUGCUUCUGGACAGGUAUUGGUGUUCCUGGACAGCCAUUGUGAAGUGAACGUGGGUUGGCUAGAACCCAUGCUGACACGCAUUGGCGCCAACCGCACCACAGUGACAUGCCCCGUCAUUGACAUCAUCAAUGCAGACACUUUUGAGUACAGUGCGUCACCCAUUGUGCGUGGUGGCUUCAACUGGGGCCUUCACUUCAAGUGGGAGUCCCCGCCCAGGCUGCGAAGACCACGGCAAGCCAUCGACCCUAUACCUUCACCAACCAUGGCUGGCGGCCUGUUUGCCAUGGAUCGACGGUACUUCCACGAGCUGGGCGAGUACGAUGAUGGCAUGGACAUCUGGGGUGGCGAGAACCUGGAGAUCUCUUUCCGGAUCUGGAUGUGUGGAGGGCGGUUGGAGAUCCUGCCCUGCUCACGGGUAGGGCAUGUGUUUCGCCGCAGACGCCCCUACGGAUCCCCUAGUGGCGAGGACACACUGACAAAGAACUCGCUUCGCGUGGCGCACGUCUGGAUGGACGAGUACAAGACGUACUACCUGCAGACACGGAGAGAUGCCCGCAACCAGUGGUAUGGGGAUGUGUCUGCACGAAAGGAGCUGCGCAAGCGUCUCAAGUGCCACUCUUUCCACUGGUACAUGCACCACGUCUAUCCCGAGCUGAGGCCGCCGAGCCCCGAAGACCUGGCACCCCCAAAGAAGCACAAGAAGUUGUCUCUACCCAAGAACCUUGAUGUGCUACGCCGCAAGAUGCCCACCAUCAUUGGCCGCUUUCAGCUGCAGCUGUCCGACACCAAUCUGUGCAUAGAGUCUGAGGACGAUGUCACCACCAAGGGCACUGUGUUCCUGCUGCAGGAGUGUGCCAAGGUCAAGCGCCAACUGUGGUACGAGACAGCGCAGCAUGACCUGCGCUUGGCUCAGCGGCUUUGCCUGGACGGGGGGGACGAGUACCCACGACUCGCCAAGUGCCACGAGAUGGGUGGCUCCCAAGACUGGCGCCAUUCCAGCAAUAGAAGCACUGCUUUGUACAACCUGGCGGCCGGCCUUUGCCUUGGUGCCAAGAAAGCUCGUGCCGGCCAGCACGUCACACUCGAGAUGUGCAACGACGCCAACGUGGUGCACCACUGGGACUUCCGCUUGGUGGGUGCACACUGACAUGCCCAGUACAGCCACAGACUAGGUCAGAGAGUGCAAGGGGUCUCAUGAGAAGACAUACCGGUGCAAUGUGUGUGAAUGUGUGGGCGUAUUCUCUGUGAUGACCACAUUUGCUUCAAAAGGGCAUCAUGAUAGACUUCUCACUGGUUUAGUAUGUGUUCCAAAUGUGUCUGAAUCUCAGCCACCAGGCGUAAUUGUGUGUACAGUUGGUCUUCUCUGCUGCCUUAUGUGUACUUGGAUGACUCAUGGAAAUAGGAAAAUGGAAGAAUUCCACACUUGAGGUACACUUGCCUGGUUUUGGAAGCAAGGAUUAGAAGAACAUUGAAAAAUGUACAUCACGUUAUUACUUUGACUGCUACGACAUUCUUUUCUAUUUUGGAAGCAAAUGAUUUUUUAUAACAUGAAAAAAAGCUGCAGCUGGAAGCCUUUUCUUUCUUUUCAAGUGCGGGCUAAAAUGACCAUAACCUUAUGGAUGCUACUAGAUUUUUUAUCAUAUUUGUGUCACAUUAGUGGCAGGUAUGUUCAGAAAGUGGACAUUGUGACUGGGACACACACCAGUCACAAUGGUAGCCAUUUGGUGGGGGUCGAAUGUAAGAUCUGUGUACUUACUUUUCAGUGCACAUUUAAGAAUCUCUGGUGGUGAAAUUUCUUUUUGUUGUUAUUGUCUCCCUCUCUUCUCAAUCAUUUUGUGAUUUUUGAGGUCCCUAGGUUGACAGGCAUGCUUAUGAAGUCGUCUAGCAUGCAAAAAUUUGCUUGAUUCCUUUCAACAAGCAAUAUAAGUAACAUAGCCUUGUAAUAUCAGGGUUUUCAUCAUAUCUGAACACUGACUUGUAGCAUUCCAUGUGGAAGCAAGCCCAGCUCUGCCCUUUACAGGCAGUGAGCACUGCAGAAUGACAAGCAGCCAAACAUAUUUGGGGCUUGAUAUAGUAGUUGUGUUAACCAACUGACUUGCUGUUGUGCAUGUAAGCCCCAAAAAGCUGUGCGAUGUCGAACUGUUUAGCUUUAAUAGUUUUGUAACUCUGCUUUGUACUUCAAGCAUGAAACAGGUAAUAAUUCAUGAAGCAUCCUGGUAUUGACCACUGUGGUCACCAGGCAAAUUUUCACUUUUAUGUGUUGUUGCUUAUUAAGACAUAACUGCUAUAGCGUGCUCAAAGUAGCAAAUCUGACCAGCUGUGAAUACUUUUGAACUUUCAAAUCUUGAAAUUUCGUAGGUGGCAGGUUUGAUUCUUGCCUACGGCGACUUUUUUUUUUCAUGCACUUCACUUUCUUCCAGCGGUGUGGGAAUAUUCAAAAUUCCAAAUAUUUUUCAAAUAGUGUUUGAUAUUUGAUUCAAUUUGCACCGUAAUUUUACUAUUCAAACUUCCUGAAGACAAAUACGAAGUCUAAUUGGAAGUGGCCCGUUCAGAUUUCUUUUUAUAUGCUUCACCCAAUCACACUUUAACAAGCACUGUGGUGAAGCUGACUUUUGGACUCUGUUGCAGAUGCAUUGACUCAAGAAAACGCAGAUUCCUACUUAGAGGUGCACUAUGCUGUUACAGUGGCACCUUCGUAUUUUUGAUACGCUUCCCUGCAUGACACUGGUAUUACGGCAAGGCUGUCUUUAGGGCUAAGCUACGGCAGUAAAAUGAUCGGCGCUUGAAAGCGCUGGUUUGAACAUAUGUGGCAUAGGUGAGGGCUUUAGUUAAUGCUGUUCCAGACUAAAAAGUCUGCAAAAUUAGACAAAGACUUUCAGCAUCCAGAAUUUCAGAUGUUUUUAUACAUUGAUGUCUGCAGGGCAGAUUAGCAACUCCGAACUCAAAUGGAGCGCACCCUUGUCCACUAAAUUUGUUGGGCCUCCACAGAAGUUUGAGAGGGUAGAGAUGGAGAAAACAGAGUUUUCUUUUCACAUGUAAAGUGUUGUCCACAACACACUGGUUGCACCAAAUCAUAUAAAUAAAUACAAUUCGGUCUCUGCAUUGCCUUAACCUUGAUAAAAUAUCUAGGGAACACCAGCCCUUAAAAACUUCAUCAACCUUACAAAAAAAAAAGACACUUUCAUGUUUCUAUCUCAUGAGAAUGUGCUUAGGGAUCCACUGCAACCUUUUUUCACAGUCUUUACUUCAAAGUAUUCGAAAGAUAGUGAACGAAUAUUCCACAACUAUUCAAAAAAUAUUCUGUUUGAUUUGCACUGAAACUUUGAUAAUCAAAUUAGCUUCAAACCUAAAAUUUUGUUAUUCGCACAGCUCUACUUUCUUCAUAUCUUUUGAUAAUUGCUACAAAUACGUCCCUACAUAGUUUCUAUGGCUUAGUUUCUAUGGCUGUUAGUUUUCAUUAGUAUUGUGUCUUACUUAUAGUGGUAUCAUAAAUAUAGUAGUUACUUUUUUUCUUGUUAAUUCCCUGUUGAUUUAGUCUUGUCAUGUGAAGGUGAAGCAAUACGAGGCUUUAUUGCUUGCACCCACUACUUCGCACUUAUUAACAAUAAGCUGUGAUGCCAGUGCAAGUCAAGUAGUACUACUGUCUGCUACGUCAGAUACGUAUGGAUGUUCAGGGAAUCUCAUGCUCUGCUUCUAGGAACCUCUUUCAUGCAGCAGGCUUCUUUACAUAUGUGUGUAUGUUUUGCAGCUGUCAUGUUAAGGUGCACUGCUGGGGAAGCUUGAGUUUAGCCAUUUGAAUUUCAAGAAGUGACAGAUAUAAUUGCAUAGGGCAUUUUAGUGCCUCUACAUUAAAUAGUUUGUAUGGUUAGCCAAAAAAGCAGUGCAUGCACAUAAACAUCGUGCUUAUCUUUUUAUUGCAGUUGCAAUUAUAUGGACACUCUCAGCGUCUUUUCGCUGUUGCCAUUGUGUUACAUGUGCGUGCAUUUACAUGUAUAUAAAACCCACAAAGAAAAGUAGUCCUGAAGAAAACUACCGAUGUAUGUGACGGAGGAUUCAAACCUCGUUUCACAAGGUGACACAGGACCACUUGGCUGCAAAUGCAUACAUGAUCCAGUGAGUUAUUUAUAUAAAAUAUUUAUCAGUGGUUCUAUGCAGAUCUCUGAGGCACUUCAUCGUGGCAGAUGCUUGUUCACUAUGUUACACGAGAUGGUGCAACGAGCCAAAGGUCACGCAAUAAAGAUUGUCACCCAACGCAUGUUUCGCCACUGUUCCUCUAGCACAGGCCAUGUUUUCUUGUGCUCGCAUGCUUAUCUCUAGAGAAGGUUUCAUCCGAUGAUUUGUACGUGUUGUGCCCUCACUGUAAAGCUAGCUUUGAAGCCACAGGAAGCACGGAGUUCACUUUGCUGGGUGCAGCGGUUAUGUUUGCUAAAGUUGCUAACCUUUCUUCGUGUGAAAUUUAAAUUUGUAGCUCUCACUCUCUUUGCUUUAUGCCGGCUGUGACUCCCCCCUCCCUUUAUUUUACAAUAAUUUUGUUUUGAAAUGUGCUUCUUUCAGUCUUGAACGAUUGAACAUGUUGAAGUGUGUAUA